ACAAUAAAAGGAGCAGGUAAACAUCAGCCUCACUGUUUUGGGUUAAGGCUUAUCUUGUUCACGGAUUGCUUCUGUGCUUCCUUCACGGAAUGUGUCUUUAGCCUUCCACUUUCAAAGCCAGUUAUCAAGUUCAUGCUCUUCAAUCAUGCCUUCCCAUUCCUUUCUUUGCAAUGACUCUAUUCUUUUCAAGUUUUUCCAAUUCUAAAUCUUUAUGGGGUGUUAGCUUCUAAUAAAAGUUUAGACCUUGUUCCACUUCAACUCAAUUUGUUUAACUACUCUCCUUAACUCUAUCUUCUUUUCUUUUUUGCUUCAUCAUUUUGAAGACUUUCAAAUAAGUUUUCAAGAAAACAAGUGAAUUCCCAUUUAGUUGGGUUUUCAUUCCUACCUUCAUCCAACUUGAUCACACUUUUCUUGUGUGAUGAACAUGUGUCCUAAACCCUUUGUCCCUUUCUGACUUUCUAUAAGAAUUUAGCUUUAAUAAAUUCUGAAGGAAACUUUCACAGUUCACGCAUUUAUGUUGCAGUUGCAAGGAUAACAGGGAUGGCCCACAAAAUGUUUUGAGUCCUAGUAAGUGAGUGCAUGAAAUUUUCAAGAAAAAGAAUGUAUAAGCAUUUUUGAGAAAAUUCAUGAGAAGAGUGAAAUGGAGCCAUUAAAUCAAAGGUCUCUUGAGCGAGUGGUUUCACAGAAAGCCCUGCAAAUGGGAAGCUCAUUCCCAUGUCAUAUUUGUGUUGUGGGGUUUCUUUGUGGUGUCUGUCUUGCCUCUCUGAUUUUGGCGGCUCUAACUUCCUUUGGCACCUUCCAGUUUGGUGGCUUCUCAUUUUCAACCAUGUCAAUGCUUAAUUUAUCAUGGAAUUCAGAUCUCAAUAAUAACAUCAGCUGCAAUUUUAAACCUAAGGAAACACAGAAAUUAACGGAUUUGAAGAGCAGAAAAGAGAGAGAUAAGGGUGAAAGAGUUUUGUUGCUUUAUUCAGCUUGGAGUUGUGUGUUGACUAAAUCUGAAAGUAGGGGGAAUGUGUGCUUAAAGAAACUUGGAAUUAGUGGGUCCAGUUUGCCUAAAGCCCCACACUUUGAAAACUGCAAGGUGAAAACACUGCUAUAUGACCGUCUUGAUAAGCCUAUGGGAAAUCAUAGCUUUCCCCAAUGGACAAGUUGGAAAGGAUUGUUGGGCACUCACCCUGUUGCUGCAGCCAAUGAACAUUUUAAGAACUUAAGGCAUCAGGCUGUAUUUGAGGGUUCUUAUCCACCAUGGAUUGCGGGAUCUGAUGAAGAAAACUAUCCCUUGACUAGAAAAGUUCAACAUGACAUAUGGAUCCAUCAGCAUCCAUUAAACUGUAACAACCCAAAUGUCAAGUUCCUUCUAGCUGAUUGGGAGAGAUUACCUGGCUUUGGCAUUGGUGCUCAGAUUGCUGGCAUGUGUGGACUUCUUGCUAUUGCAAUCAAUGAAGGAAGAGUCCUUGUCACUAACUUCUAUAACAGAGCUGACCAUGAUGGUUGCAAAGGAUCUUCCCGGUCAAGUUGGAAUUGUUACUUCUUUCCAGAAACUUCCCCAGAAUGCCGUCAACGUGCAUUGGAACUCAUAAAAAGUGAAGAUGCUUGGAGUAAAGGAACUUUGACUACAAAAGAAAAUUAUACAACAAGGCAUAUAUGGGCAGGACCAACUCCUAGGAUAUGGGGUGAGCCAUGGAAUUAUUUGCAACCAACAACUGAUAUAAAUGGCAGUCUGAUGGGUUCUCACAGAAAAAUGGAUAGACGGUGGUGGAGAGCACAGGCUGUACGCUACUUAAUGAGAUUCCCAACAGAGUACAUGUGCAAUUUAUUGAAUGAGGCCCGGCACGCUGCCUUUGGAAAACUAGCUGCAAAAAUGGUUCUUGAUGGCGUUGCUGAAGAAUGGCCAAAGGAAAAUAGUAACAAGGCAGGGUCUGAGAUUGAAGAAUAUGUGUGGUCCAAUCACAAGCCAUGGGUCCCUAGGCCUCUUCUAAGCAUGCAUGUAAGAAUGGGAGACAAAGCGUGUGAAAUGAAAGUGGUUGAAUUUGAAGAAUACAUGAAACUUGCCGAUCGGAUCAGGAGGCAUUUCCCAAACCUCAACACGAUUUGGCUCUCCACAGAGAUGCAGCGAGUCAUCGACAAAAGCCAAGAAUAUUAUGGUUGGAACUUUCACUAUACAAAGGUAAGACGGCAAACUAGAACUAAUGUGUCAAUGGCAGAGUAUGAAGCCAGCCUGGGUAGGGAGAGCAGCACUAAUUACCCACUGGUCAAUUUCCUGAUGGCUGCUGACUCUGAUUUUUUCGUUGGUGCAUUGGGAUCUACUUGGUGCUUUCUUAUAGAUGGAAUGAGAAAUACUGGGGGAAAGGUAAUGGCUGGCUACUUGAGUGUUAACAAGGACAGAUUUUGGUAGGGUAUCUAUGUUUGUGUAUUAGGUUGUCUAUAUAAUUAACGAUACAUGGAUACUAAUUUUGUGUUUUUGGUAAAAUUACAUAAAUUCUUUAUAUGUAUAAUCAUUGUACACGAUGAUGAUAAGGAAUCUAAGGAAAGUAAUGGAGGAAUCAAAUUUG